AUAGAAAGAAAAGAACCAGGUGAAAAGGGGGGGGAUGGCGGCGGCGAAGAAGGGACGGCGAUAGUAUUCCCUUUAUUAAUUAAUUAAUAAUAAAAAAAGAUACACAAGCCUUACUCGAAAAUCCCUAAAACCCCUAAUCCAGAAUCUCCUCAUCUACUCCCAAAAUCAAAUUCCACACUUUCCCCAAAACAUGGCUUCAACCUCCGACCCAAGAACGCCGGACACCAGAGUUCGAAUCCUCUCAACAGAAACCAUCCACGCCAACAACACUCAAACUCUUCUCGAACGGAUUCCCCUCACUGCCUGCGACAUCUGUCUCAUCCUCGUCAGCACCAUCCAAAAGGGUCUCCUCUUCCGAAGCCCGACCGAUGAUCAUCCCAUCUCUCGUCAGGCCUUCAUCGAAAACCUGAAAUCCGCCUUCUCCAAGACUACCCAUUCGCCGGCCGAUUCUCCGCCGACGAACACCCUGACGGCUCCGCCACCGCCUACAUCGACUGCAACAACGCCGGGUGCCCGUUCCUUUACGCCGUCGCCGAGGCCUUGCGGCAGCCUUUCGCCGUCCCUCCCGCUCCCGUCACCUGAAGAAGUACCACGGAUUCACAAGGCCGCAGAAGCAAGAAGAACAAAACGAUUCAGAUACACCUGAACUUGUGAAUUAGCUCAACUAAGGAGGCCAAGAAGCAAAGGAACGAUUCAGAUACAGAAACAAAACGAGUUAUAGAAU